GGACGACCUGCAACCGACACCGCACAGGUAGCACUGGCCUUAUCCAACGCAACAACCAGGAGCCGCUUACCUACUUUACCUACUGACCGCAUUGCAUUUGACAGCAGAGCGCCCAUCUGUCGGACACCUGCUGGCGCCGCGCAAACACUGAUGGGGGUGGGCGGCCCGGGGCUGCGAGGAGUCGCGCCUCGCGUGUCAGAACCGUUUCGGACCACCUAGUGUCCGAGGGCAGCACGACGCUCCGUGAUGGCUCCCUUGGGGCCGCGCCACAGCUCUGGCGCAGGUCAGAGGCCUUUCCCGAUCGAUGCAAGCGUCCCGGGCCCGGAGAGCCAAGCUUUCUUCGCAGGGAAGGCGAGGGGCCACGCGAACCGUCGGGCGCUGCCAUCUCCGCUCCGUCAGUGGACCUGUCACCGGCACGGGGGCCAGACGGGACUCCCUGGCACGUCUCCAAGCCUCUCACGACGACUACGGAGCACGGAUGAUGGACGAGCCGCCCGGAGUCGCGCAUGGCCCUUCCCUUGUUGUCGUGGCGGCUCUCCGCGCUAGAGAAGCCACGGCCCCUUGGUCAAUGGGCCUCCUUUUGGUUGACAUUGUCAAAAGGGGCCGCAGUCCCCGACUGGCAUGCCCCCGAGAGAACCUCUUCUGGGCUAUCCACAUCGUCUCGUUUCCCUCGCUUGCUCUGUCCUUCCCGCCGCCUCUCGCUGGUGUUUCUCUUCUCCCACCAACCCUCGUGCAAACAAGGGAGGGCUCCGAAAGCGCUGGUCUGCUUCGCUGGAUUGCACACUUCUACUCUCGCCUUUCCCCCUGGCGGAUCGUUGGGCGUAGUAAUUCUAAUAUCCGUGGCUGGGCCUCGUCUUCUUUCACUUCGACACCGACGCCGCUGGACAGCUCAAUAGCUACGCACAAGAGGGCGACUGCGCGGGGUUCAAUUCAUUCCAAAACACGGCUUCAUCAACGAGAAUUAUGGUUUCAUUUCGGGCAAUGGCCAUCGCGGGCCUCCUGGCAGCAGCGGAUGCGCUCCCUGCCACAUAUCGGCUAUCGCCUCGGCAAGUCAAGCAGAGCGACCUCUUCGCCCGGCAAGACAGCAAGGCGACGCCUGAAAAGCUCUCAGUCCCUGACAGCUUGACCUUUCCUUUGGUUGCGGAACAAGCGGAGAACAAGUUCUAUCAAGAGGGCUUUCAAAAGUUUCCUGAAUCCGACUUCGCAGCGUUGGGACUCAACCAGCAGCAAAUAGCAGACCUCAAGUCGAUUGGGAGGUCGGAGGAACAGCAUGUGGUGCUGUUGCAAUCAGCUCUCGCGCAGGCAGGGAUCCAACCCGUCCAGGAGUGCGAAUACAAUUUCCAGCUCAAGGAUGCCAAAGACAUGGUGCAGAAGGCGGCUCUGUUCGAGAACAUUGGCGUCUCGGCUUACCUGGGCGCCGCGGGCCUCAUUGACCCAUCAGUAUUGGGCACAGCCGCGUCCAUUGUGACGGUUGAAUCCCGCCACCAGACCGCCAUCCGCAUCUUUUCGGGUAUGGCAGCCAUUCCACAGGCCCUCGACGUGCCCAUGAGUCCUCGAUCAGUCUUCACGAUGCUUUCGGCUUUUAUCAAGAAGUGCCCCCAGCCGCUGAACCUUCAGGCGUUCCCCGCCUUGACCAUGGAGGGCACGGAUUCGCCCAAGAUUGGUGCCUCGGUGCGCCCCAAGGCGGCUUCUGGCGCUUCGGGCGCCAAGCAUUGCGCAUUCACGUCUGGGAGCGCGCCGGUUGGCAACACCGUCUUUUCCGACUUCAGGGAGAAUGAGGGCUGCGUUGUGCCGCAAGGCGUGGCAGGCGUGGCAUACAUGACGCUGACCAAGGAGGCGCCCGCCGACGGCAUGCUAACGGAUGAAAACAUUGUGGCGGGUCCAAUGGCCAUGGUCAUCACUUAGAUGUUGCCUUUGGUCAAGGUGCCUCGUUUUCUUCCAAUUUCUGAGGGCGGGUGGGAUUGCGCGAGUCGCAAGCCACUGCUGUUGAUGCACACAUUUUGAGUAUGAGGUGCCUUGUUCUCAUGAAAAUCUUAUAGAUACCUGAGCUAGGUUGUGGAGACAUGUCUCCCGCUAGCUCUUGCAGCUGUUAAUAAUUGCA